ACUACCCGAUCCAUUGAAUUGACCCGGGUGAUGGCCACCAUCAUGUCGCCGCGGCUAAUCCGCCGCACACCUCUCUCCCGCUUCGCGCGCCCGACCAUGGCCUCCACGAUGACCUCCACCCGGGUGUUCGUGUCGCGACUCAGUACCAGCGCCGAGGAAGACGUCAUCUUGACCCAGCAGAUUCCGGCCCCAGGAUCCGGACAUGUGCGCGUUCUGCAACUGAACCGGCCCCAAGCCCGCAAUGCGAUCUCGCGCCACCUGCUCGACACCCUCGCCAAGCAUGUGAGAACUAUCGCCGCGGAGGAAGGCAAUGGACCCACCAGAGCGGUUGUCUUGUCCAGCAACGUUGACGCAGCAUUCUGCGCCGGCGCAGAUCUGAAAGAGCGCGCCAAAAUGACCCACCGCCAAACAGAAGAGUUCCUUAUGGACCUCCGUAACACCUUCAAAGAACUCGCUUCUCUCAAAGUCCCCACCAUCUCCGCCAUUUCCUCCAUGGCCCUGGGCGGCGGACUCGAGCUCGCCCUAUGCACCCACCUUCGCGUUUUCGGCUCGUCCUGCACUGUCGGCCUGCCGGAAACUCGGCUAGCUAUUAUCCCGGGUGCGGGUGGCACUUACCGUCUGCCAGCGCUGAUCGGGCCUACUCGUGCGCGCGAUCUCAUCCUCACCGGGCGCCGGGUACACGGCCCCGAGGCCUAUUUCCUAGGCCUGUGUGAUCGAUUGGUUGAGGUUGUUCCCGAGGAGGGUGCGGAGGAGGGUGUAGCUCGCGAGAAGGUGCUGCGGGAGAGUAUCAAGUUGGCGUUGGAUAUCUGCGAGGGCGGGCCCAUCGCCUUAAAACAGGCCCUUCUGGCUGUUCAGGGAUCUCCCUUGGGUGAAGUGGCCGAGAACCAGGCUUAUGAAGGUGUCAUUGAGACCGAGGAUCGGUACGAGGCGCUGCGCGCCUUUACCGAGAAGCGGAAGCCUGUAUUCCGGGGACGGUAG